AUGUCAGGUAUCAGUCCUCCCAAGGGAUAUGUUGAAGUGAUUUGGAAAAUCAACAAACCGGGUCUUUUGAAUAGUCAACAUCCUCUUGAUUUACUCAAAGCUCACUGGAAGACAGCACUCUUGAAUCAAAGUCAAGUGCGAUCUCUUCUCAUCAGGUCUCAUUUGCACAAAACAACCAAAGCCGGCUUUCGGUCAAGUGGUAAGCCUGCUUACAGAACGGAUAGAUGGCAUGUGACCACGUCGUACAAGGUAAAUGAUACAAUGUUUCGCACAGCACAUGGGUACACCACUGGCGAACAUAACUUCAAUCCAAACUCCUUAACCCUGGCAAACCGACGACCACAGCUGGUUGGCUACAUAGGCAGCGAUGGCACACAACCUUGGCCAUCCGAAGAUCUAAAUCCCAAGAAGCACAGGAAAGAAUGGUAUUCUGAAGCAGAACUGCACAGACUAGUCAGAGAUGGCAAAGAGAAGUUUCAACCGACGCCAAUAUCUUCAGAUCGCUUUGCUGAAAUUCUGAGAGCAGUCGCGGUCUAG